AUGGCGCCCACACUGCUGAUCCUUUGGGGGGCCGCCGUCGUCCUGGGAGCGGCCUGCCUUCCUGAGAAGAGCUGUUCCCUUCUCCCGCCCGUGAACUUCACCAUCCAAGCUGCGGGGCUGGCCCAAGUGCUCUUACGCUGGGACCCGCACCCCGAUCAGGGGCAGGGGGCCAUCAAGCUCGGCUACCACGUGAGGAUCCACGCCCCGGAGGACGAGGACUACGAAACCAGGAGCACGGCGAGCAGCCGGGCGGCCCCCCUGCACCGGGGCUUCUCGGCCAGCGUGCGGACGGUGCCCUGGGAGGCGCCCUCCCUCCCGGCGAGCGGCUGGGUGUCCGCGGAGCUCCCAGCGCCCCCAGGCUCUCCCGGGACCUCUGCAGUGAACCUGACCUGCUUCACACGCACCGUGGCGAGUAACGGGACGGGCGCCCGGCCCUACCACGUGUCCCUGCGCUGCGCCUGGCGGGCGGGCUCGGAGGCCCCCGAGGACACGCAGUACUCCCUCCGCUACAGGUACGGCGCCCGGACGGAGGAGUGCCGCCGGUACAGCCAGGACGCGGGGCGGCAGCACACGGCCUGCUGGUUCCCACGGACGGCCAUAGACGGCAAAGGGCGGGACUGGCUGGCCGUGCAGGUCAGCGGCACCAGCGCCCGCGCCGCCAUCCGGCCCUUCGACCGGCUGUUCGCGCUUCCCGCCAUCGAUCACGUCAACCCUCCAGGGAACGUCACGGCCAAGGUCCAGGGGAGCCGCCUGCGCGUCCACUGGGAGAAGCCCCUGUCCGCCUUCCCGGGCCACUGCUUCGAUUACGAAGUGAGAAUCCACAGCGCCAGGAAGGGCUACUUCCAGACAGAAAAAAUGACGACCCAUGAGUUCUCCACGACCAUGAACGACAUUGCUAAGUAUUGCAUCGACGUGAGAGCCGCGGUGAGCUCCGUGUGCAGAGAGGGCGGGCUCUGGGGCGAGUGGAGUCCAGCCGUUUCUGUGGGAGACGAGGCGCGGAAGCCCUGGACCGAGUGGUACCCGAUCAUGCUGGUGGCGGCCGUGUGCCUGGCCUUCCUCACCUCCCUCGCCUGCAGGACAUGUCAGGCGUGGACCAAGCUGUUCCCGCCCGUCCCAGCACCCAAAAGCCACAUUCAGGAUUUCGCUGCCACCGUGAACUACGAGAAGUCGGGGUCCCGGGAGACGGAGAGCGAAGUCAUCAGCUACGUGGAGGAGCCCGAGGUGCUGCAGGACUUGGUGUUCUGA